AUGGUGAGGCUAUUCGCGUCCUUGAAGGGACUCCCAGUCCUGGCUGCCGCCUCUGUGUUUGCGGGGGCCAGCUUACCGACGAUCCCUGAAGACAAGACAACGCCGGGGCAGCAGCGUCUCGCCAUAAACGGGCCCAACUCCAUGACCCUCGGCUGGAAUACGUUCCAGAAACUGAGCCGGCCAUGUGUCAAGUACGGCACGUCCAGCGACAAGCUCGACAAGGAGGCUUGCUCGACCUCGUCGGUGACCUACCCGACAUCGCGGACGCACGCAAACGUGGUGACGCUAACCGGCCUGGCGCCGGCGACGACGUACUUCUACAAGAUCGAGUCGACCAACUCGACGGUCGAGCACUUCUUCAGCCCGCGGACGUCGGGCGACAAGACGCCGUUCACGAUGAACGUCGUCAUCGACCUCGGCGUUUACGGCGCCGACGGGUUCACGAUCAAGCAGGAUGAGCGCAAGCGUGACACGAUCCCGCAAAUCGACCCGUCGCUCAACCACACGACCAUCAACCAGCUCGCUAAGACGGUCGACGACUACGAGUUCAUCGUGCACCCGGGCGACUUCGCCUACGCCGACGACUGGUUCCUCAAGCCCAAGAACUUGUUUGACGGCGAGGACGCCUUCCAGGCCAUCCUCGAGCAAUUCUACACCCAGCUCGCGCCUAUCUCGGGGCGCAAGGCGUACAUGGCGAGUCCGGGCAACCACGAGGCCGCCUGCCAGGAGAUCCCGUUCUUGACGGGCCUGUGCCCCGAGGGCCAGAAGAACUUCACCGAUUUCAUGGUGCGCUUCGGCGAGACGAUGGCGACGGCGUUCCCGUCAACGUCAGCCACCGAGACGGCGAAAGUCAACGCGAACAAGGCGCGGCUGCUCGCGAAGCCGCCGUUCUGGUAUUCGUUCGAGUACGGUAUGGUACAUUUCGUCAUGAUCAACACCGAGACCGACUUUGAGGACGCGCCCGACGGCCCCGGCGUUUUCGGUGGGCUCAACAGCGGGCCCUUCGGCACACCCAACCAGCAGCUCGAGUUCCUCGAAGCCGACCUCGCCUCCGUCGACCGCACCGUGACGCCGUGGCUGCUCAUCGGCGGCCAUCGACCCUGGUAUAGCACGGGGGGCAAGGGCUGCAAGCCGUGCCAGGCCGCCUUUGAGCCGCUGCUGUAUAAGUAUGGUGUCGAUCUCGCCAUUUUCGGGCACGUGCACAACUCGCAGCGGUUCUUGCCCGCGUUCCAGGACAAGGCCGACCCCAACGGGUACAACGACCCGAAGGCGCCCAUGUACAUCGUCGCGGGUGGCGCAGGCAACAUCGAGGGCCUCAGUUCGAUCGGGAAGAACGUAUCGUUCAACGCGUUCGCGUACGACGACGACUUUAGCUACGCACAGGUGCGCUUCCUCGACGCCCAGAACCUCCAGGUCGACUUUGUCAAGUCCGACACGGGCGAGCUGCUCGACACGUCCCGCCUCUUCAAAUCCCACAAGGAGCAGUUCGUCGUGCAGGCGUGA